AUGUUACCCCAGCUGCGGAAGACUUGGGGCGUAGUGCUGCGCGCGCUGAGUCUGGCCCUGAGGCGCCUGAAACCUCCGAAUAAAUACCUCCACUACAAGUCCAAGCUAUCCUUGUACUUCGUGGUGCUGAUAACCGUCAGCUCAAGCCUACUCUACGUACUAGGCAUCUCGGAGAAUACGAUCUCGGGCAUCGAUGCUGUCUUCAUGGCUUGUAGCGCAGCCUUGGGGGCUGGUUUCAACACUGUCAACCUGUCCACGCUAAAUGCUUCCCAGCAGACUGUGAUGUACUGUACCAUAGUCCUCGGCCAUCCGAUCUUCAUCUCACUUGCCCCGAUUCAAGCCAAGAUACGCAAGCUUCAGCCGGGUGCCAAGGAAUAUGUUCGCUCGCGAAAGAUGGCGCUCCAGCAAUCGUCAUCGGAGAGUGUCGCUUCGAGAGCGUCUACACCAUCUGAGCCACUAGGAAGGCAUGCCGCGACGAUCACCAUCGACGACACUCAGGCGGCAGCAGCGCUUCGUGCCGAGAGUGCUCUCAGCCCCACCCCAUCUUUCCGCCCACGCCUUGGCUCUUCAGGCCUGCAGUUCGAGAGUGAUUGUCAUGUCACCAGAGCAGAGAGCCGCGCCAGUCAGCUCUUCCGCGGUAGGCGCCCCUCUGCGAUCUCCCACCUAUCCACGGCAACGCAACAGCCCGCCGCCUCGGUCAUUCAAGAUGAUUUUCGCGCAGCAGGUUACGUUGACCUGCAUGGUGGCUUCCAUGAUCUUACUUCGAAAGGAAAAGAUCAUACCCAGUUUCUGGAAUGCUUGUUCGCGGAAUUCCUCCGCGUUGCUAUCAUAUUCCAUCUCGUCUUUUGCUACACCGUCGGAGCACUCAUUAUGGUGCCCAUAAUCGGCAGAAUGCCCCGGAGAGACGGUCUGGAUAAGGGAUUGAAUCUUCAUUGGGUUGGCUUCUUCUUAGUGGCAUCUUCCUUCACCAACACUGGCCUCACUCUUGUCGACCAGAAUAUGGUACCAUUCCAGCAAGAAUGGGCUGUGCUGGGAACAAUGGCCUUGCUCAUCCUUGCUGGCAACACCCUUCACCCCGUCAUCAUCAAUGGUCAUGGGCAAAACGAUGGACAAAAGGAUAAUCAGAUACAAGAAGACUGUCAGAACUGGAUCGAUGCGCUGGAAAAGCGACAAUCUGGCUGCUUCGCAGGAUUCGAGCUUUUCAACAUCAACAACCCGGACGACGUUUGGUUCAAUAAGCCACGUAUUAGUCUAGCAAUUAAAGCUGGUGUGGGACUCUUCCAGGCUUUCUGCAUUCGAAGUGCAGGCUUCACAGUCGUUCCGAUCAGCUAUAUGAGUCCACUAGCGCAUCAAUCUCCUCACACCAAUGUGCUUGAAGAGCGCGACCUUGGAAUUUGGGAUGGAGAGAGGGUCGAGGAUGUCAAGUCUGGACGCCUCCACAACAUCGCCAAAAAGCUCCAUAUCGAUAUCAACGCUUUCGGAUGGCUACAACUAGCAAAGCGCAUCUCGUUCGAUGCUUGGCCCAUCUUCAUCGCAGCCCUGCUCAUUACCUUCACCGAAUACCUCGGCGGUAAGAUGCCCCCGGGAGACACAGACUUUACUCUAGACACUAUUCUCUUCGAGGUUGUGUCGGCGUACGCAGGAGUCGGCUUGUCGGUCGGUCAUGACAAGGGAGACACGAGCCUUUGUGCAGUGUUUAGCAAUCUCAGUAAAAUCAUAAUCUGCUUGGUCAUGUUCGUAGGUCGCCUACGUAACCAGCCUGUUGACCUUGAUAUGGCUGUGCAGGGUCUGGCGGCGGUGGAUGAGGAGCAGAGUGAGAUUGAGAUGGAGGAGGGGCUAGAGAGUACGAGCGUGAGCGAGGACAGUGAUGGUUGA